AGACAUUCGUAUAAAAUCGCCGUCACAAAAAAAAGGAAAACAAAACCAAAAGCAAUUCCAAACACUUCAAAAUACGAUGAUGUGAUUUCCUCGGCUAAGUUUGACACGUUCUCUUCCUUGAAUUCCCACGGGACACCGACUUCCAUCUACACGCGCCACCGCUGGCCCACCGUCAUUUUUUUCUGUCGUGCCCAUAUCUCUGUCGAUUACGACCGUCAGAUCGAUCCAAUGGUGUGUGGUUGGGGUCUAUGAAUAUUGGUUUCGCCUGUGAUGAGAACGAUAAGAUGGGCGGAGUGACCUCUUCGAUUGCAGCCAAGUUCGCGUUUUUCCCGCCGAAUCCGCCGUCGUACAGAGUCGUCCCCGACGAGUCGUGUGGAGGGGUACUGUACAUUCCGGAGGUGCCCAGAAGGGACGACGUGGAUGUGAUCAAGCUCAGGACUCGCCGAGGGAAUGAAAUCGUGGCCGUACACGUCAAGCACCCCAAGGCCUCGGCUACUAUGCUCUACUCCCAUGGAAAUGCUGCUGAUUUGGGCCAGAUGUUCGAGCUCUUCGUCGAAUUGAGUGCUCGCCUUCGGGUUAAUUUGAUGGGCUAUGAUUACUCUGGCUAUGGACAGUCAACUGGGAAGGCAACUGAAUAUAAUACAUAUGCCGACAUUGAUGCAGCUUAUAAAUGCCUCAAGGAGAAAUAUGGGGUCAAAGAUGAGCAACUAAUAUUAUAUGGUCAGUCUGUUGGUAGUGGCCCAACUGUUGAUCUUGCUUCACGUUUACCAACCUUGAGAGGUGUGGUGUUACACAGUCCUAUUUUGUCAGGGCUGAGGGUGUUGUACCCUGUCAAGCGGACGUACUGGUUUGAUAUUUACAAGAAUAUCGACAAAAUGGCAUUGGUGAACUGUCCUGUCCUGGUUAUACAUGGGACAGCAGAUGAGGUUGUAGAUUCGUCCCAUGGGAAGCAACUUUGGGUGCUUUGCAAGGAAAAGUAUGAACCUUUAUGGCUUAGUGGAGGUGGACAUUGCAAUCUUGAGCUUUACCCAGAAUUCAUUAAACAUCUAAAGAAAUUUGUACAUAGCCUUGGCAAGUCAAAAUCAGCCACAAAUGGUUCUAAAACAAGUACAGUAGAUUCUGACAAAUGCAAACAACCUGAAACCGGCACUUCAGAUUCAUCCGAAUUGGGUUCUGAUCUUCCGGAAGUUUCUAGAAACAGCUUAGAUAGUCGACUUGAGAAGUCUAAAAAGCCAAACAAGCCUGAAAAGUCUCGGAUGAGCACUGACCGAGUUGACACCUUUAAGAGAAGAAAGGGUUUAGUGUGGUGAUUUGUUCUUUACAUGGAGAGCAGUUGAAAUAAGUUAUGUGCUGAUAUCCACUUAUUUAAUGAUGUAUCAACUCCAAAUAGGAUGAAUUUGAUUUGGGUGUGUCUUGUUUCACAUAAAUUUUAAUUUUAAUUUGUAUGUAUAUUCUGCAACUGUGGGAAAUCCUGCUUUGUAUUUCUUAUGCAAAAUCAGCCUCAUCUAAA